AUUUACAGUUGUUUGCGAAUUAGGGUUUCCGAUCGUUCAAUAGGGCAGCCAUGGGAGGAGGCAACGGCCAAAAAGCCAAGAUGGCACGUGAGAAGAACUUGGAGAAGCAAAAAGCCUCCGGCAAAGGAAGUCAAUUGGAUUCGAACAAGAAAGCGAUGACGAUCCAGUGCAAGGUGUGCAUGCAGACAUUCAUGUGCACAACUUCAGAGGUGAAGUGCAGAGAACAUGCUGAAGCAAAGCACCCUAAAAGUGAUGUUUAUGUUUGCUUCCCUCAUCUUAAGAAGUGACGGAGUUGGAAAAUACCAUGGCAACAUCAUCUCCCUUUAUGUAUAGCAUUUCAUCCCAGAAUAUUUUCAGACCAGUACUCACCGCAGUUAGUCGAAUGUGUUUGUGUAUGUGAGAGAGGGGCCGGUUGAUCACCAUCUCCUUUUGUGGAACUUGGUGUGUAAUGAUAAUUGCAUAAUUUGUCUGUUGUUUUCUAUGUUUUCCGACCUACCUUAAAGGUAAGGGUGGUGUAAGAGUUAUAAGAGACUAUAUUAGUGUGAUCGUCCAGCUGAAUUUGCAAAAUUGACUCUGAACCUUGUCACCAUGGUUUUCAUUAAUGUUCUAAGUAAGAUUAAAUUGUGUCAA